GCUUCCUCUGACUUGAGCUGACUACCCAGCGAUCGUUAAGAUGCUUCCGGACUCGCUACUUCAAGCAGCGCUAGGGAAACCUAUGCUCGUAGAGCUCAAGAAUGGCGAGACUUUUAACGGCCAUCUGUCAGGCGCAGACAACUUUAUGAAUCUCACCCUCAAAGAAGUCUACCAGACCUCUGCAAAUGGCGAUCAGUUCUGGAAACUGCCAGAAUGUUACCUCAAGGGUCACAUGAUCAAAUACGUUCGAGUGGCAGACAAUGUACUCGACACGGUCAAAGAGCAAGAGGCAGAAUUCAGAGCACGAGCAAGUACGAGAGGGAAGAGACCGACCGGACCAGUCCAAGGUACACGAGGCGGACGAGGGGGAGCAGCACAACGCGGCAGAGGAGG